UCCUUCUUUCCUUCCCUUGUGGCCAGGGCCUGGGGUUUCCCCCUUGCCUGUCAUUAACUAGGAAGUACGAGGAGCUGUGCUGAAAAGCUGAUCCCUAAUUCUACUUCCUGACUCAGGCACCGCCCUCAGUGUCUCACUCUCUCAGGCCUCAGGGUGCUGUCUGUGCUGAAGAAGGGCUUGCAGGGCUGAUGGGUCCCCUCCUCCUUCCUCCCCCUCGACUGUGAGAAAAUACAGGCUGGGAAAGACAACUCUGGCUGUGACUUCAUUCAUGGAGGUGGAGUCUCAGGGUCUAGGUUUAGAGUGAGGAGUGUGUGGCCCUCAGACAGAGGCCACCAGGCACUGACAUAGCAGUCCCAAGUGUGCAGUGUGACAGCUGCACAAGGGGAGAUGGGACGAGAGGUGAGGGCCACCAAGGCCUUGUUUCAUGCCAUGCUGGGGAUGAACACAGCCACACUGUAGGUGAGCACUCAGCCAUGCCCCUACUCCUAAGCCCCCAGACUUUUCAGUAGCUCUGACAGGGGGAACCUGUUAUCCUCACUUUACCCAGGAUGAAGUGGGGGUCUAUGCAGUUUCCAUAAUGUACCUGAGGCUGAGAGUGGACCCUCUCUGUCCCUGGACACAGAGCACUCGGGGGCUGAUGGGUGGAUGAGCAGGUACGGAAGGGGCCCCAGGAGGAGGAAGGUGCCUGUGUCACAGUGUUUACAGGGUCAGGGUGGAUGAAAUGGAACUGAGCUCAAAGGAAGGGUGUGCUGUCUCAUGGUUGUAGACCCACCAUGCAAGUGGGUUAUGGGACAUUGCAGACCAGCCUGGGCUAUAAAACAGAACUCUACUUUAGUCCCCCCCCCCAUCCCCCCUUACACACAGUUGGCAAAGUGCUUGCCCAGUUGGCAGGAGGGCCAGAGUUUGAUUCUCAGAAUCCAUUAAAAAGAAAGAAAGAAAGAAAGAAAGAAAGAAAGAAAGAAAGAAAGAAAGAAAGAAAGAAAGAAAGAAAGAAAGAAAAAGCCAGGUGUGGUGGCAGGUGUUUGUCACUUCAGGAUGGGAAUCCCUGGAGCUCACUACCCGGGGAGCCUGGCCUGACAGCUGAGCAUGAAGCACUGAGAAACUCCCCCUCACAGGAUGUGGCCACUACCAGAGAAUGGUGUCUCAAGUUGUCCUCUGGCCUCACAGACACACCAUAUACCACACACACAACACACACCAUACACACUAUACACCACACUCCAUACACAUAUACACAUACAUUCCACACACACCUUAUAGCAACACACUACACAACACACAUACAACACUACACACACACACAUACAGCACACAUACAUAAAACAUACACACAGACCACACCACAUGCAUAUACACACAUACACACACCACACACACUCCACACAUAUACACACAUACACUACACACACAUACAUCACACACACAACACACUCCACACAGAUACACACAUACCACAUACUUAUACCACAGACACACCACACACACCAUACACAUACACACUCACACACAACACAGACACACAACACAUACCACACACACAACACACACUACACAACACACAACACAAUCCACAAAUAUACUUACAUACACUACACACAUACACACACACACACACACACACACACACACACACACACACACACAAGAACUCAGGGGUGGGCCUGGGAAACUUCAGUUGGGGAAGUGGUCACAGCCUCCCAGCCCACCCCCCACACUAUAUAAACUAGGCGUGGUGGCACUUUUUUGUCAUCCCAGCCUUUAGGAGGUAGAGACAGAAGAAUCAGUUUUUCCGAGCCUGUCUUCUGCAAUGCAGUGAGGUCAGGACCAGCCUGCGGUAAAUGAAGCCCUGCCUCAAAGAAGAAAAAGAAGGGGACGGAGGAGAAGCAGGCCCACUUCUAAUCACAAGGGUUGAUUCUGGAGCAGUGGGAAGAUGCGGCAUGGAUAUUUCCAAUUGCAACUGAGAAGUGAGCAGUCUUUCUUUAGUGCCAGCUAUCACCGUGCUGGGACCAGAAGCAAGGCAAGUACUCUUGGCUGGAGCCUUACAGCCCAGUUCCCCAACCCCUCUGCUGCAGUUUGUAAUAAGCGCACAGCACCCCAGAGCGCAAGCAUCCAGCCAUUUAACUAGUCUCUUCUUGAUGACAUGAAUAGUAAGCUUUUUAUCGAACCACAUUAGAAACCAGGCCUGUGAUACAUCUAUGUAGUCUCAGCACUUUGGAGAUGGAGUUCAAGGCCAGCUUGAGAUGCAAGUGAGAAUCUAUUUCAAAAACCCUAAACCAAGCCAAAUCUAGUGGUACAGGCCUGGCAGCUCAGAUCCUCAAGUAGGCAAGAGGCAGGAGGAUGACAAGCUUACAGUGUGCCUAGGUUAUAGAGUGGGUUCAAGGCCAGCCUGGACAACUGAGUGAAACCCAUCUCAAAAUAAAAAGUGACAGAGGGCUGGAGAUGCCUAGAACCUCCCAGGGAGGGGCUGGGGUGUGGCUCACUGGUAGAGCUCCUGCCUAGAAUUCCCUAGUGGUUGGGAUUGGGGGUGACUGUGGCUCUGUGCACAUGUUGGAAGCUCUAGAUUCCCUCUCUAAAUACUGCAAAAACAAACACCCAGCCGUGACAGCUCUGAGAAAGACAUUCCUGGCUGUACCACCAGGUGCCAAAACCCAACCUCGGGGCAGCACUGAACACUGUGGUUCUCAUUUCUGAAAAGAAAGCAGGCUGAGGCCAAAGCUCUAUGGGAAAGUGCUUGGUGCACAAGCAGGAAGACCAGCGUUCCUCUGAGCUCCAGCACCAGUGGAAAAGCCAGGCACGGCGGUGCACAUCUGUCACCCAGCACUGGCAAGGAAGACAGGAGGAUCCAUGAGGCUGACUGGCUAGCAAGCCUAGUGCUCUGUGCCCAGAGAGAGCCCACUUCAAAAGAAAAGGUGGAAAGUAAUUGUGGAAGACACCUGGCAUCUGUCUACCUCUGCUUCCCUAUGCACAUAAACAACACACACACACACACACACAGACAGAAGCAAAGGCCAGAUAGGACCCUGAGGAUGUUCUAAGGACAUCAGUUUGAGGACUCCAGACAGGAAAGAGCCUGUGGGAUUCUGAGUAGCUUUUGUCUCUAUAUGUUUAUCUAGGUGUAUUUUCUAAAUUAAUCUGUAUUCAUUCUAUAAUAAAUAAUUAAAAGAUGCAUUUACAUAAGCCCAGAAAGGUAUGAAAACAAAUGUAAACAGGAGUUAUUUAUAUCUGGGUGGUGGGAUGUGUUGAUUUUUUUAAAAAUAUGGAUAAUUAAAACCAUUAGUUUUUUUUUUUC